AUGAAGAUUCAUGUGAUUCAAACUAAAAUAAUUUUAAUAUUAUUUGUAAUAUUUCUACCUUCUUGUUUAUCAAACGAAGAGGAUUUAUGUAAUACAAUAACUUCUUGUUCUGGAUGUUUAAGAAAAAGUUUCUGUACAUGGUGUGUGACUAAAAGUCGGUGUACGAAACAAUCUUGUGGCAAUGACAAUGUUAUUUAUCCGAAAAACGUGGCAGCUCUUAUGUCAGGUGAAACUUUCUGUCCAAGAGUCGCAGAUACACAGGAGUUAGUGUUAAAGAGUGGAAAGAGACAAAAGUUAUCUGUGAAAAUAACUCAGAUUUAUUUGUAUAUGGCAUUCACUCCGUGGAAAUGUAGAAUUAAUGUCAAUGGAAAGGAGCAUGUUAUAAUUGCAACACUAUUAGUGGAUACAGUUUAUUGCGAAUCGUUUGAAUUCAAAAAUGAAUCGGAAGAGCCUUCGGUGAGCGGCAGUGUGACAGUUUUGUGGGACUACAACAAAGCGUUUGACGGAAAUCUUCCCUUUAAAGUGUGCCGCUGUGAUUUGGACAGUUCGUGCAUUGCUUGUACCUAGUCACUUUGUUUUUACAUAUAUUACAUAUACAUAAUAUAAUGAUACUCAUAUUUAAGUAUAUUUUAU